AUGCCGUGCUGUUGUGUACACCCACGGAACCACACGCGGGUGGAUCCCAGCCAAGCUAAACUCCCAGCUGUUUCUGUGGUUGCUUUCUACAGUGCUGACAUAAAGGUUGAGGUGUACAGCAAGGAUGGUGUGCUGUUGGGCUCUGAGUUGAUUCCUAUCGUGCUGAACAGCAGCGUAACACCAGGGACAAACAGUCCAACUGAUACUGCAGCAGCAGAAGCCUUCAGCAGCUAUGCGAAGGAGAGAGACCAUCAAACACCGCUCUGUGCUGUUCAGCUUGGCUAUACUGGGGACAUUGAGAGUGAGGGGUGGAGUGGAGUAAAAAUUGCUGCAAUUUCCCUUGCCUGCAUUGCCGGCGUCUUGGUGUUAGCCAUAGGAGGCUUUUUCCUUCAUAAGAGACUCACGGGACAGAGAGCAAGCGCCCCGAAACGUAACUCAGCACAAAGCGAGGGCAAGCGAGAAGAGAAGAAGGUUUCAGUUAGAGAGGGCUGGCAGUGA